AAUUUCAAUUUCUUCUCAAUUUCGUACGCCGGAUCAUAUACCAAUGAAUUCCAUCUUCGCCGUUAGGCCAUUUUCUGUCCUUAAAAAGAAGACAAUAAAGAGAAACAUAAGCUUUUUCUCGGGACAAAUGUAUUCCCAGGAUACACUAUUACAACUAGGGCAAGCAGCGACGAAAGCUCGUAUGAACCAGCUGCACGUGGUAACGGUUUUCAACUUUCCGGGAGCAACACGCAACGAGAAGAACAGGAAAUAUCAAACAAAUUCAGCGCACAUCUUCCAAACUUGCACAAAGAUUAUCUCUUAACCCUUUGCCGACUGAAACAUUUCAUCUCAGUGAUUGCAAAACUACGACUAUCUGGAGUCUGAACGAAGAUGUGUGCAGGACUGCGAGCGAAGGGUGGAACUUAACUUUCGGAAAGUAAAAAUUGUUCCGUUUGGUGAAGGGCAAAAAGAUUAAAACAUGCACUCACCAUUAACAUUUAAAUACUUGUAUCUCGUCGUGCUCUAUCUUCUUCUAAGGAAGAACAAGGCCAGAUGCGACAUCACCAGGAACACAUAAAUCCACGUCUUCACGCUUUGACCAAGUGUUUGGUUUGACGCAAGUUGCACAAGUAGUCAUGAAUAUUGAUUACAGACUAGAACCAAUCUCUGACUAAAUCGUCGCUGCAUAUUUUCAUGACUUGGAUUUUAAUUCUUAUGCAAAACUAUUGUAUCACUUCAAAAACAUCACAUCUUUCCAUUUUUAGGCUUUAUUAAAACAGUAACACGUGAAAUUAAAAUACAUUUGUAAAGACUGACUCACGCGGCCGUUAUAUUUCGUUAAAUAAACCUUUUCUGGUAAUCUCAUAAGUCGAUUUUUGCAGGUUUUCAAAUAUCCCGUGCUAAGACCUGGUGGCCUACGAAUCAAAGCUUAUAAUAAAGUACAAGCUAGAAACUAUUUAAAAAGAAAAGAACUACUUGAAUUAAACUGGUUUUAAAGUCUGAUAUUUGCAUAACUUUAUUACUUUUAAAUGUUGUCAUUUAAUGAAGGCAUUGUAACAAAAUCGAGGUAUUUUCGUUGGAAAUCAUGGGCUCCCUUGUAGAUCCCAACUACUUUCCAAUUGCAUUCACAACCCCGUGGGCUUUUCACAAUACACUCCGGAUCCGGCUUGUGCAUUUCCUCUUACUUUUCUCUUUCCGUUUCUUCUUCUAAUCCCUGCGCUUCCCGCCACACGCAAAGUCGUUUAUUCAUCCAUGGGUCUCCCUCACUGACAUCCGUGAACUCCUAGUGGAAUAUAGUUGUGCUCGUCCAUUAUGUCGUGACCUGCCUGCGUUAUGCGCCUCACGUGCAUUGUCGCGGGUGUUCUGCGUUUGGUUAUGGCUUCCCUCAGUUGUGCUUUCAGAUACACAGCCCCGUGCGUUAGCCGCGAGUACCCGGCGAGUUCCUUGCGAUGUCGCUCAUACUUUUGUGGUGAGUUUUCCAAUGUCUUUGCCUAUUUGUUACAACGUAGGUUUCCUCUUGCAUUUCGUCAUCUGUUUCUCUAUGCAUUCUUCGCGUGCAUUCUAUUUCCCUUGCGUUUCUCAAUACGCAACCCCAUGCGUUCCCCUCGGUUUCAUGGUGAGGUUUCUCAUACGUCCCCAGUGCAUUUACCGUGGGUGCCCCUAUGUGUUUUCCCGCUCGUUGCACCACGCGUUUCCUGUCAGUUCCCUCUUACAUUUCCUGUGCAUUUACCGUGGGGUUCCCUAAAGUCUUUCUUGUCCGAUACUCCGUGCAUCCGUUGUGCGAAUUGCGCAAUUAAUCUCGGUUCCCCAUGCGUUCCCCAUGCGUUCCCCGUGCGUUCCCCGUGCGUUCCGCGGGUGUUUCCUCGUGUCUUCAGUCAUGUUCCCUAAUGUUUUCCAAUGGAUUUCUCGAUGGUUUCCCGGGUGGUCCCUGCAAUAUUCGAUGAACCUUCCUUGCGUGUGACACCGCGGCGUCGGUUUGCUCACUCAUGACACAGCGCUUUUCAUGUGCGUUCACUCGUGUGCUUCCUCGCACGUUUCCUUUUGAAAUUUCCGUACAUGUCCUUUGCUCCCCUUUGAAUUUCCUGUGUUCCGCCGGCGACUUCUAAUGUUCCCCAGGGGUUCCCGAUCGGGUUUUCUCCCAGUACCUUAGCCGUACAUUCGUUGACCCUUGUGUUCCUUCACAAAUUUACUUUCGAUCUUUUUAAGCGUUCCCUUUGCAUUUCGUGUCCGCUCGAAAAGCUGCCUGUUCCCAGGGCGUCUUACAACGCAGUCAGUCAGUGAAAAAACGAGGCAUGGAUUAAGAGAAAAAUUCAAAAAGCGUAAGAUAAGCGCUUCGAGGUGAAAUGGAUCUGAAAUCUGAAAUCUGGUGAACUUUAUCUCGCUCAAAGGCAGCAAAACAUUCCAUGACAGAAUUUUGGUAAAUGUAUAGGAUGGUGUGAAACUAACAAAUGCGACACUUUUCAUGUAUUGUGCUAAUUGUGCUAAUGAUUAAAGGAAAACGAAUCGAACUCUGGUAUAGCCCUUGCCUAGUUAGUUCCUGUCGGGCUUUCUCCUAGGUCUUCACGGUCGAUUGAUUUCGGUGACGUAUCCGAGACGACACUUUUCGCCCCAGAGCACGUGACCCGAAACGGUUGACCGAGACGAAAUAUCAAGGCCUAGGAACUCGGAAAGUAUAACCCUAUCAGAUGACGACAGCGUUCAAGUGUGCUAUUCUUGGUAGAAGUGGGAAGCUACUUAGUUCCACUUGAUUGCGCUGAGAGUUUAAGUGAGCAGAGAGAACACUUUUUUUCUUUAUAAUCAUUCCCAUGGGACCACGUCAUACUGAGACACUUAAAACAUUUCGUUGAUUGGCCGUUAUGAAUUAAAGUAACUGGGAUUACCGUCUAAUGAGGCGCAUAAUUCAAAAGGGGACAUCGGAAACUAAUUUUGGAAAUAAAGUCCUUACUUGUUAUGGCAAAUAAUAAUGAUGCAUUAUAUUGUAAAAAUACAAUGAUAAAGUUGAAAUGCAAAUGAAGAGAGUGGUACAAUUGAACCGACCGUGAACAUAAAAGAUAUGUAAAAAACUCCAGGUGUGGAAGAGUUUGUUGAAAAGGAAACUGCGUCACCAGAAAACAGUUUGGACAAGACAUAACAGAGAGAGGUUCACCCGCUGAAUUAGGUUGUAAACUUAAGCCAAAACUGAAUAAGUUCAGUAAGCGAUGAACUCGACCCAGCUAAGCGUUGAAAUGGGACCGCCUUUUUGCCCAAUUCACGUUUCCCUAGGAAGAAGACUUCCACCUUCUGCUACUGAAGCUAAAGCGGUUUUAACUUUCCUCACCAUCAUCAACAUACUCGCCAUCCCUUUCACGACUGUUUUGAACGCAAUGGUAAUAGCGGCCGUGAAAACAAAAGCGCGGAUGAGAGCCAACAAGUCUAACAUACUACUCGCGUGUUUGGCCACAACCGACUUAAUGGUGGGUGUAGGUGUUCAACCCGUGUUCACGGCGUUAAUGAUAACAAUCAUUCAUGGUGACUACACGAGUGGAUCCUGUACAGUGGAAGUUGCUACACAAAGGAUCUCCAAUCUUGUAUGUAUGGCUUCCCUUGUUCACCUUGUGUUAAUUAGUGGAGAGAGAUUUCUCGCAAUGAAGUACACUUACGAGUACAAUGCCGGCCUGGUCACUGAAAAGCGUUUGCUUAUUGCUUCCGGUGUAGGUUGGCUCUUAACUCUUAUUCUGUAUAUUCCACUUUUCAUUGACAAAACUGUAUUUUAUCGCCUGAAUAACGCUUUUGUUGCCUUAUGCCUCGUUACCAUUGUGCUCUGCAAUAUCACGGUGUUCCGCGAGGUUCACCGACACGAAAAGGGAAUUUCAAGUCAGCAAAUAACAGAAGAGGCAAGGCGAAAAUUCCUGAAAGAGAAAAAAGCCUUUAAACUUACAGCUAUCAUAUUUGCAAUGCUGUUCCUCUGUUAUAUGCCUUUGUGGACAUCGAGAAUUAUUUUAGCAUUCCAUCGGAAUAGGAUGUCUACAGAAACAGUGUAUGAAUGCUUGUUUGUAACCUCAACGUUCCUAAUACUCAACUCGUUGGUUAAUCCAGUUAUCUACUCGGUCAGAGUGAGACAAUUUCGCGUGGCAUUUGUCGAGUUAACUUGUAGAACCGCAAACAUUGCUGAGGCUGAACAAAUUGAGAUGCGAUUGUUUGGCUCACCGAACGCUGAGGUCAGACUGGAAUCAGGACAGCAAUGCCACAAAACAACAAAGCGUGGAGCAGGGCAAGAACCUUAGGUACACUCUUUCUUUUUUAUUAGAAUAUGUUUUAUAAGAAUACCGAGGCUGAAAUUUGCCAAAUUUUAA